CAGCGCCGGAAGCAGGACGCUUAACUAGGCUCGGCAGGCUGAAGGGAGUCAUUUUCGUAGUGCAGCGGUGUGUCUGGGUUUUGUUGUUGUAGAGUCUGAUGUUAAGAGGAGAUAUUUUGCAUUUCGAAAAAGCUCGGUAAAACAUAAAGCAGCGGUAGUAUUUUUUACACGCAACGUCGACAUCGAAAGACCAGGCACUGUUUAGAAUUCUGACAAGAUGGAGUCUGCAAAUCAAGAUAUCAACCUCAACUCUCCCAAUAAAGGGCUUGUGUCGGACAGCUUGACAGACGUGCCAGUACAAGGUGCCACAGGUACCACAGUGCCUGUAGGCUUGACUGAAGAAGAGUCGGAGGAAUUAAAGAAUGAGCUGACCAAGGUGGAAGAUGAGAUUGUCACCCUGCGCCAGGUGCUCGCUGCCAAAGAGAAAACCGCUUACGAACUCAAAAGAAAACUGGGACUCACUCCGCUGAACGAAUUGAAACAAAACUUCACCAAAGGCUGGCAAGAUGUUCAGACAUCCUCAGCCUAUGUGAAAACCAGCGAGAAACUCGGAGAGUGGAAUGAGAAAGUUACCGGUUCCGAUUUAUAUCUGUCAGCGAGUGCCACUUUGGAGGACUUAACCCAGUCAGAAGCAUACAAGAAGACUCAGGAAACACUGUCUCAGGCAGGCCAGAAGACCUCUGCUGCUCUCACCACUGUGGGCUCUGUUAUCACCAGGAAGUUUGGAGACAUGAGAGCGCUUCCAUUCUCACAGUCAUUUAGCAGUUACUCCAUUCGCCAGUCGAUAAGUAUGCCUGCAAUGAGGAACUCCCCAUCGUUCAAGUCAUUUGAAGACAGAGUUGGAACUAUCAAGUCCAAAGUUAUCGGUGGCAGAGAGAACGGGGAUGGCCUGCAGUCUCCCACUGAAAUGAAUCCUACUCAGGACGGAGCGCCAUUCUAGACUGGAUGUCCAGCGGCUGAGGACACACUCAAUCACUGAAGCCCUUUCACUUCACAUCUUCUCAACAGAGCAAGCCCCCAUCCCCCAACACUAAAGCAUGUGCAUAUAUAUGUUCAUUUGACAAUGGAAUUUGCCAGAAAAAAACAUAGGCUAAUAACCAUUUUGUAUUGGAAAUAAUUUUACACAGCUUUGUAUAAUGUUUUUACAUAACCUUUACCAUUAAGCUGCCAUUUUUAUGUUGGGAGAGGGGCUUAAAAAAAAAAAGUUAGAAAGGUAUUUAUCUCUGUUUUUUCUUUUUUACCUGAAAUACACGAGUUAACAAACAUAAACUCUAAUCCCUUUUUUUUUUUUUUACACUUAGUACUCUGUGAAGCAGCGCUUUGAUGUAUAAAGAGGUGAAUGUGAAAUCUGAUGCCUAAUAGCCUUAUAUCACUUUAUGCUUUAUCUGAUUUAUUAAGGGAGAGCAGGUAGCUUCCGGAUGAACACAGUUGAAUUCUAAGCACUCUGGGUGGGUGGAUAGAUGAAUUUAUGGAUUGAGGGACAGAUUUUGGUAACCUAAAUAUGAAUGCAUGCUUUUAUGUCAUGUAAUUGAUAACAAACGUGUAGAGGAUCGCAGUAGCUUGAAACUUGCUUUUUACCAGCUAAUCAGUAAACAUUACUAUACAAAUAUAUGUAGUGUUUGUUGAGGCUGUUUAAAUCUAUAUGCUAGACCAACAUUUACUAAAAACCAAUGUGGCAUGCAGGCCCUGUGAACAGAUUAUAAUGCAGUUUAGAUGUUGUUUUUAAAGGCUGGAAUUUUUUUUUUUUUUUGGCCAGUAUAUGUUUGUUAGUACUGUCACUUUUUAAAAAAAAAAAAUAAUAAAAAUGUAGAAAAUUUUGUUUUUUUUUUAAAGGAUUUUCUUAUCUUUCUAAAUCUGUUAUAUUGUAUUUGUAGGUGAGAAUAGUUCAUUAGAUUGCCAUAAGUUCGAUUUUUAUAGUUCCAGUUUUUCAGCAUUAUGCAUUGCUGCAAAUUGUGUAAAAUCCAUAGUAUGCAGACUUUCCUCAUACAACUAACACUAAGCCAACAGAAUGUAAGGCAAGUUUCUUGCUUUUAUUGUUAGAGCUGCAAAUAAUAUUAGGCUACAAAUAUAUAUAUAUAUAUGCGCGCUAAGAGUGAAAAUAAUAAAUAAAUAUAUAUAUAUAUAUAUAUAUAUAUAAAACAUAUAGCCAUUAUAGGCACAAAUGAAAAAUCAGUUUGUGCGAGUACAAUUAGAAGACAAAGGGAUCAGUUACUAAGGUAUGGUGGGUGGUGAUGGAAUUAUCAUUCUCUUUUGGGUAUGUAUGUUUUAAAUGAUCAUUAAAGCAUUCCUUUAAAACA